UUUACAGUCCAACAUACGUAGAUUAGAUUCCAUCUCUUUUCCUUCUUUCUCUCUCCACUGUCUUAGAGAGAGAGAGAGAGAGAGAGACAGACAGACAGAAAAAGGAAGAACUAAAUUUUAAUUUAAUUGUAUUCCAUGUUUCCCAAAUCGCAUUCCUUGAUCAACUCCCUCUUUCCAUAAUAGCUCCCCAUUAAUUCUCCUCCAAAAUCCUUCUUCAAAUUAACUCCCCCGUAUCUCUUUCGCUUUUUAUGGACUCUUGGUUUCGUUUAAAGCCAUAGAAACAGAGACCUUCUUUUCCAUUCAAACCGUGCCAGUUCAAGACUUUUUUUUUUUUUCCGUUUUUGCUCGGGAAAAAUGACCGUUGAGCAGAGAAAUGAUGACCCCAGAGAUCAGUUUCCCAUUGGAAUGCGUGUUCUCGCCGUCGACGACGACCCCACUUGUCUAUUGCUUCUCGAAACUCUUCUCCGUCGAUGCCAAUAUCACGUUACAACGACUAGCCAGGCAAUCACGGCAUUGAAUAUGUUGAGAGAAGAUAAAAACAGGUUUGACCUGGUUAUCAGUGAUGUGCAUAUGCCAGACAUGGAUGGAUUUAAGCUGCUUGAGCUUGUGGGGCUUGAGAUGGACCUUCCUGUUAUAAUGUUGUCCGCAAAUGGGGAUACCAGGCUUGUGAUGAAGGGAAUCACUCAUGGAGCUUGUGAUUAUUUGCUUAAACCCAUUCGAAUCGAGGAGCUGAAGAACAUCUGGCAACAUGUGAUUAGGAGGAAGAAGUUUGAUUCUACGAACCAAAAAACAUCCGGGAAUCAGGACAGGUCUAAUGAUGGGGGUGGUGAGGGAGAAUUGGUGUCAGCAGGGACAGGAAAUUCAGAUCACAGUGGGAAGGUCAACAAGAAACGUAAGGACCAGAAUGAAGAUGAUGAUGAGGACCCUGACGAGAAUGGACAUGAUAAUGACGACCCAUCGACUCAAAAGAAGCCUCGAGUUGUUUGGUCUGUCGAGCUGCAUCGCAAGUUUGUGGCAGCUGUUAAUCAAUUGGGCAUUGACAAAGCUGUACCUAAAAAGAUUCUAGAUUUGAUGAAUGUUGAGAAGCUUACGAGAGAAAAUGUGGCAAGCCAUCUCCAGAAAUAUAGGCUUUAUCUUAAAAGAAUCAGCUGUGUGGCAAACCAACAAGCUAAUAUGGUGGUAGCCUUGAGCAGUUCGGAUUCUUCUUAUUUGCACAUGAAUUCUAUGAAUGGACUUGGAAAUUUCAAUCCACUAACUGGAUCAAUGCAGUUCCAAAACCCUGCUUUCAGAUCCUUCCCACCUGGCGGGAUGAUUGGAAGAUUGAACACGCCUUCUGGUCUGGGCCUGCGUGGUCUUCCUUCUUCAGGAAUGAUUCAAUUGGGCCACGCUCAAACUUCGGGCAAUUCGAACAAUCAAGUGAAAUUCCAACCCGUCACACUCCAAGGAAACAAUAAUGGGAGCAUACUUCCAGGAAUCCCAAUGCCAUAUGAACUUGAUCAACAACGCAAUAAGGGUCUUCACAUUGGAGACCUUUCCACCACUAUCGAUGAUACUGCAGUUUUCCCUCUUUCCAACAGUCUUCCUGAUGUGAAAAUAGCAACCGGUAAUGGCUCAAAUAAUGUUAUUAGUGUCACAAACAACAUGUUGAUGCUAGGACACUGCCAAGACGCCCAAGCUGGAAGAGAAUUUGGAAAUCACUCCUCUGUCUCAGUGGCCCCCUUAAAACCUGAAUUUUGUUCCCCUUUGCAAGAUCCUGGUAGAUGCAAUGAAAAUUGGGCGAAUUCUGUUCAGCCAUCUGGGUUCCAAUCGAAUUCUUUUCCAUUAAACGACCGACAGAAGCACGCUGCUCUUCAUCGUAGCAGCUCAAGGGAUAACAUGUCUGUGAUGGCCUCACAAAUUGGUGUCAACCAAUUUGAUGCUUCUUCCAUAGCUUCGGCCUCUUUUCGGCCUGACAAUUCGCUAUCAGAUUCCCAAUCUUCCAUGAUUCAGGGGUGGGGUAACCUCCAUAAGCAAGAUUCUUCGUGCCGUCCAAAUCUCAUGUCCAGCUCAAUGAACUCUUUGGUUCCUGUUAAUGGUGGUUUGGGUCCUUUGGAACAGGGUUUGGACUUAAAGAACCCCAUGUACCACAGAAACAUGGAUUUCGAUUCAAUGGGACAACCAAAUUAUGUUGAUCCCUUGAUGGUGAAGUAUGAAGAGGUUGAAAAGUCAACCAUGGAGACGUUGAAACUAAAGCAAGCGUAUCUCAUGGACCAACAGAGGCCACAGGGCAGUUACAUGUCCAAUAACUUUGACCCUUUGGGAGAUGUUGUGAGUGCUAUGAUGAAACAGGAACAAGAUAAGGCCGAAGGAGAAUUCGAUGCUUAUCCUCUUCGGGUGUAAGGAGACAAAUUAAAUGAAGAUUUUCUUUACAAGCUAGAUGGAUUCGCAAUGGAACUACGCCGUGUAAAUUUUACAGCAUUUUGACUCUGUAUGAUCCACUUUUGUCCCCUUUUUUAUUAUUUAUUACUAGCUAGCAAGUUAGCAAGAGUCACUCAGCUUCCUUUUCUCUAGUUUAAGCGCAGGAUUAGUCAGCUUGCACAAUUGUUUGAGGGAUAUAUUAUUAAUAAAGGUAUUUUCUUUUCAAGAUA